CAUUACUCAAGAGGGCUGUGACUUACAUGCUCUUAACACACCCACUGUGAUGCGAGCCGGACAUAGUGUAGAGCUACUGCUGUGCUGGAUGUAUAGUAGAGCUGCUGCUGCUGUGCCGCCUGUGAAAUACCUAAGUCUGCAUGGUGCUGAGGAGCAGGGGUCACUGCUAGACACUGAGCAGAGGAGGACCAGGAAGGGAGAGCGAGAGGAGAGAGAGAGCGAGAGGAGAGAGUGGCUCACAAACACACACACAAAGAGAAAGAGAGAAAGAGAGAGAGCGAGAGAGAGCAUAAAGUGAGAGAGUUAACAUAGAUAGAAGCAGGGAAGAGAGGGGAGGCUAAGAGCUGAACUGUUCUGCUGAGAACAUACAUCUUGUUGAAGUUUUGAGUCAGUACUUGGAGCAUCAGGACAGGAUGGCUCUCCCGCGUCUUUACAGUCUGCUGCUGCUCAUGGCUCCUGUUCAUGGCCAGUGGUGGAGUGCUUUCCUAGGGAAAGCACAGGAGAUGACCACACAGCCCCUCACCACCGUCCCCACAACCACCCAGGUAUUGUGGACCACAGAAGGGACAGAGGUGGGCCAGGUGGGGACUCAGACGGAGGUCUUCACCACUGCACCUGUUCAGAGUACCCCGCUACAGAGCAUACAGGAGCCUGCUGGUGAUGGAACCACAGAGAUCAAGCCCAAGGCUAAGAAAAUAUCUCUGAAAAUGUGGAAGAGUCGUGAGCGUGGCUCUACGGGACACCUAGACCUGACCGAGUUGAUCGGAGUGCCACUCCCUCCCUCUGUCUCCUUCAUCACCGGCUAUGAGGGCUUCCCGGCCUACGGCUUCGGGCCUGACGCCAACAUCGGACGUCUCACCAAGACCUUCAUGCCCGAUCCUUUCUUCAGGGACUUUGCCAUCAUUGUCACCAUCAGGCCCAGCAGCAAACAGGGAGGGGUGCUGUUCGCCAUCACUGAUGCCCAGCAGAAGGUGGUGCAGCUGGGGUUGGCACUGACGCCCGUGGAGGACGAGACCCAGAGGAUUCAGCUGUACUACACCGAGGGGGGCGAGGAGUCCUCACAUAGCCAACAGGUGGCGUCCUUCAAGUUGCCUGAUAUGAGGAAUAAGUGGACGCGCUUCACUCUGUCGGUGCAGGACCAGGAGGUACGCCUCUAUAUGGACUGUGAUGACUUCCAAGCAGAGACCUUCCACAGGAGCAGCCGCCAGCUCAGCUUUGAACCCAGCUCGGGCAUCUUCGUGGGCAAUGCUGGAGGAACUGGCCUGGAGAAGUUUGUGGGCUCUAUCCAGCAGCUGGUGAUCAAGCCGGACCCCAGGGCUGCAGAGGAGCAGUGUGAAGAGGAUGAUCCCUAUGCUUCUGGGGAUGGGAGUGGGGAUGACACAUUGCAUGACCGUGAAACAGAUGACAAGUUGAUGAAGAACAUGGAACGAAAAAAGGAAACAGCACGGCCAGAGGACAUGCUAAGCGUGCCAGUGCGAGCUCCACCCACAGAGUCUCCAGAGUUGGAGCUAGAUGAGUACACUGUUCACCUGACCCCCACAAACCAAGCCCAUCAGGAGAUGCUGCUCGAAGGAUCCCACCAAACAGAGGAGCCAGGGGAGAGGUCAGGGGAUGGCAGGCCUCUUAGCUACGGACAGAAAGGAGAGCAAGGAGAGCCUGGGCCUAUGGGUCCUGCUGGCCCCCGUGGCCCCCCUGGCCCUUCCACUCCCUCUGAGGAUAGGUCUGGACACGGCCAGCCAGGACCAAGGGGCCCUCAGGGGCCUUCAGGGGCCCCUGGGGUGCCAGGGAAGGACGGACAGCCUGGAAGCAAGGGUGAAGAUGGAGACCCAGGACAAAGAGGACCUCAUGGAUUCCCAGGGUUGGCAGGAGAGGUUGGAGUCAAAGGAGAUAAGGGGGACACAGGAGUAGGCUUACCGGGGCCUCCAGGCCCUCCCGGACCACUCAAAUCUCACAGUGUACCGUAUGGAGAGGAUGCACUCGGCUCUGGCUUUGGGGACCUUGACGAUACAGAAUUUAUCAGAGGUUCCCCUGGUCCUCCCGGCCCUCCAGGUCAACCUGGCCCGCCUGGUCCCACCCGUUUCUUCGAAGCCUCCGAGGGCUUAUUCCCUGGACAACCAGGUUCUCCAGGGCCACCUGGCAGAGACGGCCUUGUUGGGAAACCUGGACCACCGGUGAUUGAGGAUUGGUUUAGUGGUUCUGGCUCGGGCUCUGAGUUUGGCUCAGGGUUGUUCGGCUCUGGGCUUGGUUCUGGCGAGGGUCCUACUGGUCUGGAUGGGGAUGCUGGACUGACAGGGCCUACAGGUCUGAAGGGUGAACAAGGACUAGCUGGACCAAACGGACCAAUGGGUGUAUCAGGUGACCCAGGGCUGACAGGAGCUACAGGACCGAGGGGACCAGAGGGGAAGACAGGCGACCCUGGACCGAGGGGGCUGCCUGGCCCCCCCGGACCCCCAGGAGGAAGAUUUUUUGUUGAGGAUGUGGAGGGGUCUGGGAAGAAUGACAUGGUCCUUGGCACAGAACUCAAAGGCCCUCAGGGACCUCCUGGUCUCCCUGGCCCUGCAGGACCAAAGGGUGAAGAUGGGAAGGAUGGGGCUUCUGGGUUGUCAGUGAAGGGUGAGCCUGGUGCUUCUGGACCUGAGGGACUCCAAGGGCUAGCUGGGUUACCAGGCGCCAGGGGAUUGAAAGGAGACAAAGGUGAUCCAGGACCAAAGGGGGAGUGUGGUCCUGAUGGACACAAUGUACCUGGUCCUCCUGGUCCUCCCGGCCCUCCGGGACCAAUUAUCAAUCUGCAGGAUUCCCUCCUGAACAAUACAGAGAGCAUGUUUAACAUCACUGAGAUACGUGGGCCCCCUGGCCCAAUGGGCCCUGAAGGCGAGCCUGGCAGAGCAGGAUUCCCUGGCCCAAGAGGACCAAAGGGUGACAGUGGGCUUCCUGGUUUUCAAGGUCCACCAGGAAUGAAGGGUGCGAAAGGGGAAGCUGGUGUCACUAUCGCUGCCGAUGGAACUGCGUUGACAAGUGUCAGGGGGCCUCGGGGACCAAAAGGAAUCAAGGGUGAGCGUGGCUUCCCUGGAGCUUAUGGUGUCAUGGGACCAAUUGGACCAACUGGACAAAAGGGAGAAUACGGGUUCCCUGGUCGACCGGGGCGACCUGGAAUGGCAGGGAAGAAGGGAGACCAGGGAGAUGCCAUUGGUCAACCAGGACUUCCUGGCCCUCCUGGCCCUCCCGGACCCCCAGGACCAGUAACAGGGCUCAACGGAACAGUUUUUCCGGUCCGUCCCAGACCGUUCUGCAAAACACCAGUUAAUGGCAGCAAAGGGUCGUCACAAGGUGGCAGGAGAAGAAACGGAGGUGCUAAAGGGGAAAAGGGAGAGGUUGGACUUCCUGGAAUGCCUGGAGAACCAGAUGAUAUUCUACCAGAAGGCUUUGUAGGAGAAAAAGGAGACAUGGGCUAUGAAGGAAUGAAAGGAGACCAGGGUGAACCUGGGUUGCCUGGCCCUCCAGGUCUUCCCGGGAGAUCAGGCCUUGUGGGGCCAAAAGGUGAGUCCGUCAUUGGCACCGUUGGUCAUCCUGGAGCUCCUGGUGAACCAGGGGUUCUUGGCAUUGGACGACCAGGCUCUCGGGGGCCCCCUGGCCCUGCCGGACCCCCUGGACCACCCCCUGUCUAUGGUUCAGCUGUGAGUAUUCCCGGCCCACCUGGGCCUCCCGGUCCUCCUGGGAUUACUGGCUAUGAAAACCCGGUGUCCACAUACAGGAACACCAACAGUUUGAUGAGGGAGAGCCACCGUGCUGCAGAGGGCUCGAUGGCAUAUGUCUCAGACAAGGGAGAACUCUACGUUAGAACUAGAGAUGGCUGGCGCAAGGUUCAGCUUGGUGAGCUCAUCCUCGUCCCAGCAGAGAGCCCAUCCUCUGCAGUGUCCCAGGCCCUGAGCAGACCAGGAGAUCGCACCAGACCCCACAGGCCACACAGCCAGGAACUAGUUGGAACUAGCUACGUGCCCAACUAUAAUGUCCUACCUCAUACAGUACACUCAGUACCAGCGCUGCACCUGGUGGCCCUGAAUACUCCGUUCUCUGGGGACAUGCGUGGCAUCCGGGGAGCAGACUUCCAGUGCUACCAGCAGGCCCGAGCCAUGGGUCUCACUGCCACCUACAGAGCCUUCUUGUCCUCACACCUCCAGGACCUGGCCACCAUCGUCAAGAAGGGAGACCGCUACAACAUGCCCGUCAUCAACCUCAAGGGAGAGGUGAUCUAUAGCAGCUGGAUGAACAUCUUCUCUGGGAACGGAGGAGUGUUUGACCCAUCCAUCCCCAUCUACUCCUUUGAAGGACGGAACGUCAUGACGGACCCUACUUGGCCUCAGAAGCUGGUGUGGCAUGGCUCCAGUACGGUGGGCAUCCGUAUGACCACUAACUACUGUGAGGCGUGGCGGGCGGGUGACAUGGCGGUGACGGGCCAGGCUUCGCUCCUCCAGACAGGCAGACUUCUGGGCCAACACACCCGCAGCUGCUCCAACCAUUUCAUAGUGCUGUGUAUCGAGAACAGCUACAUUGACCACAGGAGGUCUAAUUAACCUCAACACACAUACAUCUAGUAUACACUCUCUCACAAACACACACACACAUACGUCUCCUAUUAACAUAGAGCAGCUAUGUGCUGGACAACAUGAGGCGCUAUCACACACCGCAGCACUCACCUCUCUACCACAAAAAGACAGAGCAGCUUCAUACUGACCACAGAUGAAACUCCCUCUGUUCAUUCACCUCUCAAUAUUAAACUCCCAUCAACACAGCAUCACUACAUUGCACUGGUCACUAAUGUAUGUUUACGGUUUCUUUAAGAAAGGUGUAAAUAUAAUGUAAAUUACUUCCUGUCAAAAGCACUGCAUCACUCCAAUUCAUUGUGUUUCAAUUUGACUGAAGGAAUGCCAAAGAACUGGUGAUCAGCAACCAACCGACUAACCCACAUUGUUUCUGCAGGAGUAGCCUUUAACACGGUUUAUUUUUGUUGGUUUGCUCAUUCGAGUCUUAUUCUUAAGUGCCUAGUAGAGUAGUUUGCAUAGAGACAGCAACCAUUCUAACCUUUUGUGGUUUACUGGAUCAGACCCCAAAACAAACAAUAUGAUGAAAUUAGGACGACUGGUCUUUUCUGUUUUCCGUGAUAAAAAAUAAUAAUGAAAUGCCAGGAUCUAUUUAGACAAGGGAACCAUGUGUUGCUCCCACAAGCCUUGAAGUCAUUUAGAUGCACUGAGUUUAUUUGAAUAGUUUGGGGUUUCCAUAUCCAUGAAGGCUUUUUGUCUGUAAAAAUUUAAGGGUUUUUCUGUUGCGAGUGACUUUGUCUUAGUAUUUAAGUUGAAUUCUAUGUUUCGUAUUUUAUUUAUACUGUAACAGCACAUAAUCUUAAAAUGUGGCAGCACAUAGGUUCACUUUGAAAAUGAAAUUGAACAAUGUGUGUAUAUAUAUAUAUAUAUAUAUAUAUACUGUUGUUCAAUCUGCCUGCGCUAUCACCAUGAAAUAGUUGUUUUUGUACGGUAUUCCACUAAUUGACUUACUGUAGAUGUACUUUCAACAAAUCUAUGAUUGAGAACUAGAUAUUUGAAUGGCUGUUACAGUGAUUCAGAGAAACUAUGUACUCAUUGACUGGUGCUCAGUGAAUAAAUGUUUUUUUUUUUUCA